UAUUUUAAAACGGAACGUAAAUGAAAAGUAAUACCAACCGGAAGAAAAUGAAAAUCAGAAAUAACUUGUCGCAAAAUCCACCAUUUUCCCUUUGUAACUUACCGGUGUUCAAAACACGUAGUACGUGUUAAAAUCACAAAAUGAAUACCGAAAAGCUGAAGAAAUUGCAAUCACAAGUGCGCAUUGGAGGUAAGGGCACACCACGACGAAAGAAGAAGGUUGUCCAUGCCACCGCCGCCACAGACGACAAGAAAUUGCAGUCUUCCCUCAAAAAACUGUCAGUAAACACAAUACCUGGCAUAGAGGAAGUUAAUAUGAUAAAAGAUGACGGUACUGUGAUACAUUUCAACAACCCAAAAGCACAAGCAUCGCUCGCGGCGAAUACUUUCGCUAUCACAGGACAUGGAGAGAAUAAGCAAAUCGCUGAAAUGUUGCCUGGCAUCCUGAGUCAAUUGGGGCCUGAAGGACUUAAUCAGUUGAAGAGAUUGGCGUCAAGCGUGGCCGCGCCGAAGCCUCUCGAAGAGGAUGAUGAAGUACCUAACCUAGUAGGUAAUUUCGACGAGGCCUCCAAACAGGAGGCAAAGGAGGCCAUUAUUGAAGAGAAGGAUGAAAAAGAAAAGGAGAAAAAGGAGCCUGAAACCAAAGCUGCAGACAAGAAAACAGACUAAGCUAUCAACUUGUUUCGGACGGUUUAGUUAUUAAUUUGCUCACCCGAUGAAGUGAAAAAUGCUAGGGUUUCCAAAGCCAUCGGACAUGUCUCAAAACAAUUUUAAUUUUUUUAAUGUUUUGUGUUCCUAAUAAAUGUGUUUUGAUUGCAUUCUUGCACUUAUUAUAAUUGAAAUUGUGUGAUCUGUGAUUGACAAUUACCUAUUUGUUUUCUAAUGGGUGACUUUGGAAACCCUAUAUACAGCCAUCUCAGUUUAAAACAAUGCUUUUUGUCUCCUUUGCCAAGAACUAAUCCUUACUUUAUUGUAAUUACAGUGAGAGGACUUGCAAUAUAGGUCGUAAAGACCUAUAUUGCAAGUCCUCGAUUAUAGCCGAUUAUAGGGUAUAGCUAAGUGUGGUAUUAACACUAUUGUUGAUAUAUUGGCAAUGGCGCAUUAAUACAUAAAAAAAGUCUAUAAAAUAUUGCAUUAUUUUCAUUUCACCAAGAUUAUAAUGUAUAAUAAUAAAUAAAGGUGUUAGUACAUACACCUUAUAAUAUUUUUAAAUAAUAUUUUCUAAAGUUGUUGGUUCAUGUCCAGGAGAAAAGUUGCUUCUCAUUUUAUAAAAAUUAAACAAAAUAGAUUUAAAAAUGAAACUUUAGUCACAGAUAGCUCUUUAGGUUAUGGAGCUAACUAUGUAUAAUAAAAACAUAAAAAUCGCAAAAUGAGAAUGAUUCAGGUUUUGUGUAAUGUGUGAACAUGACAUUAAAACUUAGAUCCAG